AUGCGGGAGCCAGCCACGGAUGCCGAGCGAUGCAAGAGGCCGGAGUGGUUGAUUUGCAUUGGUGUGUGCACACACUUGGGCUGCAUCCCCCAGCCCGAUGCUGGCAAGUAUGGUGGCUACUUCUGUCCCUGCCACGGCUCCCACUACGACUACGCCGGUCGAAUUCGUCAGGGCCCGGCACCAAAGAAUCUGGAAGUGCCACC